AAUAAUUGAACACGUCGGUUUUGGAGAAAGUCUAGAAGUCUUAUUGCGGAAAAGUCUCUAAAAAUAUUCGAAAUGAUUGACAAAAACCAAAAAAAUAAUUUGAUCAAAUUCAAUGUAACGAAAAAUGAGAUAUUUCAGUUGAACGAAAACUACAAAACCGUUCAUCGCAAGUUGAAAAUGCAAUACAGUGUUGAAGUUUACCAUAAUCAAAUUAAUAACGAGACAUUCAAUCAAGUGAAACUGUUUGUACUGGCUGGGACACAUGACAAGUUCACGGAAGAAGAGUUCAAACAUUUGAAAGAGUACAUUGAAAAUGGUGGUGCCGUUAUGAUUUUGCUCGGUGAAGGCGGUGAAAAUGAGUUUAAUACCAAUUUGAAUUUUUUGCUUGAAGAUUAUGGAAUGAGCAUCAACAACGAUUCUACUGUCCGAGCUCAUUAUUACAAGUAUUUCCAUCCGAAAGAGAGUAUGGUCGGUGGUGGGAUUGUGUGUGCCGCAAUGUGCCGUGCGAUUCUUGAUCAGAAUAUAACCACCAUUCCGUAUGAUUUUACCGAUGAAAAGUUGAAAAUUCAGUUUGUUUACCCGUAUGGUGCCACACUAAAUGUUCGGUCACCAGCAAACAUACUCAUGACAACCGGCUCGGCUGUUUAUCCUUUCAAUCGUCCGAUUGCUGGCUAUUAUUGUAACGACAAAAAUGGAAAAAUUUUGGCAAUCGGUUCCGGGUAUAUGUUUGAAGACAAAUACAUAACCGAAGAGACGAAUAUGGCCAUCUGGGAAUAUCUCAUCAAGCUUCUUAUCGAUCCUGCUCAAAAAUUCUCCUCAUAUGACUUUGCUGACAUUGAUCUCAGUGACAACACCUUAAUACCGGACACCGUUUUUAUGGCCGAGCAACCGAAAAUCUGCUUGCCCGAGUCUAUCGACUGUGAUCUACCAGCCGAUUUCAAAGAUAUGUUCGAUAUGAGAUUGCAUUCAAUUAAUAAUGAUCUUCUACCCGAAGUGAUUUCAUGCUACGAACAACUGAACAUUAAAUACGAACCGCUGAAACUAAUCAAGCCACAAUUUGAGAUACCACUACCACCACUUCAACUAGCGGUCUUUCCACCGGUUUUCAGUGAAUUACCACCACCUCAAUUGGAACUGUAUGACCUGGACGAAGCAUUCAGCUCCGAUCGUUUGCAGCUCACUCAGUUCACUAACAAGUGCAUGUCAGUGGCUGAAAAAAAUAAAACACCCCUUGAUGAAAAGGAAUUGGAGUACUUCAUUCUGGAAUGUGGCCAAAUCUUGAAAGUGGUUAACGAAAAUCAAAAAAUGACCGCCAAAGAAGUUCUCAAUAUUAUGUGCACACAAAUUGCACAGUAUAAAAAACUAGAUCAUGAUGAUUGAUA